AUGGGUGGUGCCAAAGCGACAUUGGUGACCCCCAACUCUAUAAAGCCUCGCCGCUCUCCCCUCUUUCUUUCCAUCACACUCUCUUCCUCCCCACCACCCCCUUGUCCUCUCUCAUGCACUUCGUUACUUACUAUCCUCUCCGCGUCCUCCUUCAUCUGUACAGGUACAUUUCAUCCAUGCCGUUCGCCACUUUUCCCAUUGAACUUCGACGCGCUCCAGGUUAUUAGGCACGAUCGCCUCAAGCACGACGUCAAGCUCAUAGGCACGAUCGCCUUCAAGCACGACAGCAAUUUCACUGGCCGCGUUGUAUCUUCUGGCGACACUGCUCUGGGAUCUGUGGCUUUGGUGUGUGGCAUUGGGCUGUAUCGUUCUCUGGAGGUGGCUUCGAUGUCUGGUUGCUGGUGUGUCUCUUCAACGUGUCUGGGUUCUGUCUUGCCUGCCUUGCUCGUCCUCUUGCUCUUUCUCUCACUGGUGGUUCUUGUCUCUUAUCAUUAUUUGCUGCGCUUUGAUGUCCUUGGCUGCGGUCUGCUCGCUCUUUGCUGUGUUGUAUGCUCGCUUUGGGUUCCCGUCUCUCUGUGUCCUCUCUUCGAUCUGGCUUGCUUGCUCUGUCUGACUUGCUCCUUCUCGUCCUCGCCUUGUCUCCUCUCUUGGCCUUCUCUUUUUUUGCUGAUCGCUGUGGCAUGCUUUCUCUGUUUUACUUGGUCCUCACUUUCUCCUUUACUCGCUGUGGCUUUGAUCUUGGUUUCUGAUGUCUCAUGUCAAUCUUUGCUCGUUUCCGUCUUCGUCCUGGCCUAUCUCAAUCUUAUCUUCUUGCUCGUCUAUCUUGUUUUGGCUGUUAUUCACUCUCGGUGGCCCUGGUCUGUCUCGGCGACGCUCUCAAUCUCUCUUGGUUCUCUCCGGUUCUUGUCUAUCUCCUUUUGGUUCAUCUUGGCGACCCUCUCAGCCCAUCUUGGUCCCGCACCGCCAGACACGACUAUUUCAAUCUGCAAGAGAUCGGGUCGUCAGUUAGGGGGUGUCCGCCCCCGGUGCGUCUCCAUCCGGCUGUGCAUCAUUUCUUUUGUCGGCGAAACCCUUGCUAUAGAUAAUGAAGCACUAGCACCUUAUCAACAACGUCCACUCCAAGGUUCAAGUAUCACACAUCAUUAUGCGACGCAGUUGAGGAUCAAUGUUGUAUUCUAA